AACGCUGCUCGGAAGAUGAGGAGCGGGAAAGCCUCCUGUGCCCUGGAGACUGUCUGGGAGGACAAGCAGAAGUAUGGCGAAGCCGAGCGGCGUUUCUACGAGCAGGAGGCCGCACGAGCCGCUGCCACCCAGCAGCUCCUGGCUGAGGGGCCAGCUGUGAAUGGGCCAGGGCAGGAGGGGGCCCAGGACGCCGAGGAGGCAGAUGGCCCCGGCAGCAGCAGCACGAGUGACCCCCGGAAGAGCCACGACGGGGAGAAGCCUGUGCAGAAGAGGAGGCGCUCCCCGAAGAGCGGGCUCGGCCAGGCAGGCCUGGCCCUUGUGGGCCUCUCAGCUGAGCACGUGUGGCUGCACAAGCCGGCCUUUGACCAGGCAGAGAGCUCCUACCGCCGGAGGCUGGCGGAUGCGGCCGCCCAGGCAGCCCAGCCAGCGGCCCCGCGGGGUCCCUGCACCCAUGGAAGCCGGGUGGCCUGCCACCACGUGACCUGGGGCAUCUGGGUCAACAAGUCUUCCUUCGACCAGGCCGAGCGGGCGUUCGUGGAGUGGUCUCAGGCCCUGCUGUCGGCCGCUGAGGGGAGCGGCAGGCAAGGGGCGUCUGACACGGGCCGGCAGGCAGCUGCCCCUGACCUGGUGCUCCCCCGCCAACCCAGCCCCCCGGCCCACAGCCAGUCCCCCCUGGGCAGCCUGCAGGCACUGGUGCAGGAGGUGUGGCUGGAGAAGCCCCAGUACGAUGCAGCGGAGAGGGGCUUCUACGAGGCCAUGUUCGACGGCCACCCCCCCGGGAAGGUGCGCCUACAGGAGCGAGCGGGCCAGGCUGAGGGGGCCAGGCGGGGCCGCAGAGACCGGCGGGGCCGAAACGCCGUGGGAAGCAAGCGGGUCGGGCCUCGGCGGGUUGACGGGGAGGCCGCCUCUGCCCUGCCCUACUGGUACUUCCUGCACAAGGAUGCCGAGGCCCCCUGGCUCAGCAAGCCCACCUAUGACAGCGCAGAGUGCCGCCACCAUGCUGCCGAGGCCCUCCGCAUGGCCUGGCGCCUCGAAGCCGCUUCCCUGGCUCACCGACCCAGUGCCCGGUCUGGCCCGUCCGUGUCCAGCCUGAGACCCAACAGGAAAAUGGCUACCAACUUCCUAGUGCAUGAGAAGAUCUGGUUUGACAAGUUCAAAUACGAUGAUGCAGAAAGAAGAUUCUACGAGCAGAUGAACGGGCCUGUGGCUGGCUCCUCGCGCCAGGAGAACGGCGCCAGUGUGAUUCUCCGAGACAUUGCGAGAGCCAGAGAGAACAUCCAGAAAUCCCUGGCGGGGAGCUCUGGCCCUGGGGCCUCCAGCGGGCCCAACGGAGAUCAUAGUGAGCUCGCUGUCCGGAUCGCCAGCCUGGAAGUGGAGAAUCAGAGCCUGCGAGGUGUGGUACAAGAUCUGCAGCAGGCUGUGUCCAGGCUGGAGGCGCGGCUGAGUGUGCUGGAGAAGAGCUCUCCCGCCCACCGGGCCACAGCCCCGCAGACCCAGCACGUGUCCCCCAUGCGCCAAGCGGAGCCCCCUGCCAGGAAGGCAGCCACGGCCGCGGAGGACGAUGAGGAUGAUGCCAUCGACCUGUUCGGCAGUGAUGAGGAGGAGGACAAGGAGGCGGCGCGGCUGCGCGAGGAGCGGCUGCGGCAGUACGCGGAGAAGAAGGCGAGGAAGCCCGAGCUGGUGGCCAAGUCCUCCAUCCUCCUGGACGUCAAGCCUUGGGACGAUGAGACAGAUAUGGCCCAGCUGGAGGCCUGCGUGCGCUCCGUCCAGUUAGACGGGCUGACCUGGGGGGGCUCCAAGCUGGUGCCCGUGGGCUAUGGCAUCCGCAAGCUGCAGAUCCAGUGUGUGGUAGAGGACGACAAGGUGGGGACCGACCUGCUGGAGGAGGAGAUCACCAAGUUCGAGGAGCACGUGCAGAGUGUCGACAUUGCUGCUUUCAACAAGAUCUGAGCCUAGGCACUGGGCUUGGGUGUGUGAGGCCCUGCAGCCAUUAAAGACCGAGAUUGCA